AUGGAUGUCUUUCGCGCCUACACAUACACGACAGCCGCAUGGCUGUCACUUCAGAGUCUACCUCUGAUAGCCGGACCGAGCAUGAUAGUGACCCUGCUCUUGGAUGAGACUCGGCCUGCUUCCCCCAUUGAACUAUACUUCGCCCGGUGUUUCGGCUUCAGUCUUCUCACAAUUGCCGUUUUGACCAUGAUGCUGACCGGCUCCAUCCCCCUGACGGCCGGGAUCAGGGAGUCUGUGUCAACAGAGGACGACGAUCCCAAAGCACCAUACGCUGUGCCAACUCUGAUGGUGACCUCUGUUUUCCACACCACAUGUGCAUUUUACGCGUACACCUGGUAUGUUUCCGGUGGAUCGGGUAUAUUUGCUGUUGGUGUUGCUGGAUACUCUACUAUUGCGGCCAUUGGGUUGUGGUGCAUGCUCUUUGGCAGCAGCAAUGGAAGGAUCAGUCGCCGUAACGGUGCAGACAAGAGGACAGCGGGGUUUCCUUUCAAGAACUCGGAAGCAGCGAAGAAACAUAACAAGGGUCUGUAA